AGCCGCGGAUCUAACCCCGGAGACCACCUUCGGCGCGCUGCCAGGCAGAGGGGAGGGGGGCACGGAGGGGCAACCUCUUUGGGACUAACUCAUGAAGAACAAGGGUGCCAAGCAGAAGCUGAAACGAAAGGGAGCCACCAGUGCCUUUGGCUGUGACCUGACCGAGUAUCUGGAAAGCUCAGGACAAGAUGUUCCAUAUGUACUGAAGAGCUGUGCAGAAUUUAUAGAGACUCAUGGCAUUGUGGAUGGAAUUUAUCGGCUUUCGGGAGUCACCUCAAACAUACAACGGCUACGGCAAGAGUUUGGCUCAGAUCAAUGUCCAGAUCUGACAAGGGAAGUGUACCUCCAGGACAUCCACUGUGUGGGCUCUCUUUGCAAGCUCUACUUUAGGGAGCUGCCCAACCCCCUCCUGACUUAUGAGCUCUAUGAGAAAUUCACGGAGGCAGUGUCGCGUUGCCCAGAAGAAGGCCAACUGGCCCGAAUCCAAAAUGUUAUCCAGGAGCUUCCCCCAUCCCAUUAUAGGACCUUGGAAUACCUGAUUCGACACCUGGCCCACAUCGCCUCCUUCAGCAGCAAGACCAACAUGCACGCCAGGAACCUGGCCCUGGUGUGGGCACCAAACCUCCUCAGGUCCAAAGAAAUUGAAGCCACUGGUUGCAGUGGAGAUGCAGCCUUCCUCGCUGUCCGGGUCCAGCAGGUGGUGAUUGAGUUCAUAUUGAAUCAUGUGAAUCAAAUCUUCAACAGUGGCGCACCUGGGUCACUGGAGGAUGAUGAAAACCAGCCCAUCAUGAAGAGCCUGACCUUGCCAGCCCUCCCCCUGCCCAUGAAGCUGGUGAGCCUGGAGGAGGCUCAGGCCCGGAGCCUGGCUAUUAACCAUCCUGCUCGGAAGGAAAGGAGGGAGAACAGCCUGCCUGAGAUCGUCCCUCCCAUGGGCACCCUCUUCCAUACUGUCCUUGAGUUACCAGACAACAAAAGAAAGCUCUCCAGUAAAUCAAAGAAGUGGAAAUCAAUAUUUAAUCUGGGACGUUCUGGAUCGGACUCAAAGUCAAAGCUGAGUAGAAACGGGAGCGUGUUUGUGAGAGGACAGAGGCUCUCAGUGGAAAAAGCUACUAUCCGACCAGCUAAAAGCAUGGACUCGCUGUGCUCAGUUCCCGUGGAAGGGAAAGAAACCAAAGGCAAUUUCAAUCGAACAGUCACCACCGGUGGGUUUUUCAUUCCAGCAUCGAAAAUGCAUGUGACCAGCACUGGCAGCUCCUGCGACCUCACCAAGCAGGAGGGUGACUGGGGCCAGGAGGGGAUGCCAGCGGGGGCCGAGGGGGGCUUUGACAUGAGCAGUGACCGAAGCCAACUCCAGGGCGCUCAGGCCCGGCCCCCGCCUGAGCAGCUGAAGGUGUUCCGGCCCAUCGAGGACCCCGAGAGUGAGCAGACAGCCCCGAAGAUGCUGGCUAUGUUCUACACCUCGAGCGACAGCCCCAGCAAGUCUGUCUUCACCAGCAGCCUCUUCCAGAUGGAGCCCUCGCCCCGGCACCAGCGCAAGGCCCUGAACAUCUCUGAGCCCUUCGCCGUGUCCGUGCCCCUCCGUGUAUCAGCUGUCAUCAGCACCAACAGCACCCCCUGCAGAACACCCCCAAAGGAGCUGCAGUCUCUUUCCAGCCUGGAAGAGUUUUCUUUCCAGGGGUCAGAGAGUGGAGGUUGGCCUGAAGAGGAGAAGCCCCCAGGAGCUGAGACUUCUACAGCAUCUGUGUCUAAGAAGGUGGCUCUUGAGGAUGCCAAGCCAGGACCAGAAGCAGCGAGGACAGUGGAAUGCAGCAAAGGCCCUUCCCAGGACCCAGGAGCCCAACUGGAGAAGAAAACCUCGGAAAUCUCCCUGAGCCGUCAACAUUCAAGUGAAUUGGAGAAGAGGCCCGAUCCAGAGAAGGUGGUGGAGGAGGGGCGAGAGGCUGGCCAGGUGGAGCCCAGUGCUCUGCAGCAGAGCCCCAUGGCCAGAGCAGAAGCAGUGUUUCUCCAUGAGAUGGAUGAAGAUGAUCUGGCCAGCACCUUGAUUUGGCCUGAGAUUCAACAGGAGCUGAAAAUCAUUGAAUCUGAGGAGGAGCUGUCCUCGUUGCCACCGCCUGCUCUAAAGAACAGCCCAACUCAGCCCAUUCUGGAGUCAAAUCCAAGGCCUUUUGCUCCCCCUGAGCCUCCCGGGAGCUUGCCUUGUGUCUCCACCUCAGCUCCAGUCUCCACCCCUCUGGAGGAGUGGACUAGGGAUCCAGCCAAACAGAGCACACACGAGGCUCCCACAGCAGCCAAUAGAGAAAAGCCAGAGACAACCAGCAGCCAACAUAGAUCUGAGGCUGAGAAGGGCCAGCGCCCAGACCCCACCAGCCUGGCUCCUCUGGAAAUCAUUCCACUUGAAAAGGCUUCUUCACAAGCAAGGGUGGAGGUGAGAGGCCCAGAGAACCUGUCUCCUGGGACCCCACCUGCUCCACCGCCUCCAACACCUCUGGAGGAGGCACCUCGAGUCCAGCUAUUGAAAGAGGGCCCUGAGAAGGAAGAUUCAUCAAAGAAUUUGAGGACAAAUCCAUAUACAGACCAGCUGAAGUCCAAAGGCAGUCCUGGGACCCCCAGUCUUUGUCAGGGAGACAAGGCCUCUCCAGGACAAAGCGAGAAGCUAAAGUCAAAGAAUGCUGCUCCUGAUGGGAAAGGUUCUGGUUUUCCAAACCCAACAAGGGAGGUUGAGCUCUCCCCACAAGGAGAGGGGCAUGUAGCCCAUUCAGUACAGGAGCCCUCAGACUGUGAUGAAGAUGACACUGUGACAGACAUUGCCCAGCAUGGCCUGGAGAUGGUGGAGCCCUGGGAGGAGCCCCAGUGGGUGACAAGUCCCCUUCAUUCCCCCACCCUGAAAAAUGUGCAGGAGGCCCAGGCGCAGGGCGCUCAGGGCCACCGAUUGGAGAAGAGACUUUCCCACAGGCCCAGCCUUCGUCAGAGCCAUUCCCUAGACAGCAAAACCACGGCUCAGAGCCAGUGGACUCUCGAAGGUCCCUCCUCCAGCAGCUGUGCUAAUCUGGAAGCUGAGAGGAACCCCGACCCUCUGCAGCCCCUGGCGCCCAGGAGAGAGAUUACUGGAAGGGAUGAGAAAGCCCUGAGAUCCUUCAGAGAGUUCUCUGGCUUGAAAGGGACAGAGGCUCUCCCCAGCCAGAAGGGGCCAGGUGGUUUGCAGCCCAAAACAGCAGAAACCAGCCCUGUCGGCCCAGCAGAAAGAAAGGAAUUAGGGACACACCUAGGGCACUGCAGCCCUCAGAUUGAGCAAGGCAGUGUGCCUAGCCCAGAGAGCAGCAAGGAGAGUUCACCUCAUGUGCAGGAAAGCAUCUCACCUGGAGAGCAUCCCCCCAAGUUACAGCCGAAGAGCACCGAGUGUGGGCCCCCCAAAGGGAAAAACAGGCCUUCUUCCCUGAACUUGGACUCGGCCACUCCCAUCACUGACCUCUUCCGGUUGGAGAAUGUGGCCUCGUUUGGUUCCCCUGGAAUGCAGCUCCCUGAGCCAGAAGACCCGGCGGUCACAUGGAUGACCUCAUCUCACUGUAGAGUAGACCCCUGGAGGGUUGACUCGCAGGACUCUCAGGACCUGGACAUUGUGGCUCACGCCCUGACAGGCCGCCGGAACUCAGCUCCCGUGAGCGUGUCGGCCGUGAGAACCUCCUUCAUGGUGAAAAUGUGCCAGGCCAGGGCAGUGCCCGUCAUCCCCCCCAAGAUUCAGUACACGCAGAUCCCACAGCCGCUGCCCUCUCAGGGCCCAGCGGAGGGGGGGGCUCAGCCUCCGGACAGGAGCCAAGAGGCGCCCAGCCCCACGGGCGGGACCUCUCGGAAACCUGCCGAAGGCGACUCUCUCCCCCCCUUGGAAAGCCCCAAGGAAGAGAAACCGAAGCAGGGUGCAGGAGCCGCGGAGUCCUUGCCGCUGGACGCCACUGCACCCCGCAAGUGUGAGGGACCCGGCCUGUCCCCGGAACCGGCUGUGGCUAACCUGCUGGCCUCCCAGGAUGCGGUCGUGCAAUGCAGAAAGCGCACGUCAGAGACAGAGCCAUCUGGGGACAACCUUCUUUCUUCAAAAAUAGAGCGGCCGUCUGGGGGUGCUAAGCCGCCGCACAGGUCCAGGCCGGGGAGACCUCAGAGCCUGGUCUUGUUCAGCCCCCCUUUCCCUGUCAUGGACCACCCGCCUCCUCCUUCCACAGGGCCGGACCCCAGGGUCCUGCUGUCCCCCAUCAGAAGUCCCACCCAGACCGUUUCCCCUGGCCUACUUUGCGGGGAGUUGGCAGAAAACACGUGGGUCACACCAGAAGGGGUCACGCUUAGGAACAAAAUGACCAUUCCUAAGAAUGGCCAGAGACUAGAAACCUCGACCAGCUGUUUUUACCAGCCCCAGCGGAGAUCGGUCAUUCUGGACGGAAGAAGCGGGAGGCAGAUAGAAUGACUUCAGAUCAUCUGCUGGUGUCUGGAAAAAAAAAAAAAAAUGCCACAAUUCAUCUGGAACUUAUUACAGGGCCAGCUUGCCGUUAGUCCAGACGCAGGCUACCCAAGUUUGGGCUUAUUCUGGCCUCUUCUUCUCUUCCUUCAGCCUUUUGACCAUUUAUUAAUUAGCCCAUUAGUCAGAGGAGAAAGGUCAAGGGAAGGACCAAGUGAUGAAAUCUAGAUAAGUCUGCAUGAGCAGGUGGGGAAGGUGAGGUAAGGGAGCGGGCGAAAUGCUCACUCCAGCGACACCUGGGGCUUGCCUGUGAGUCGCAUUACUGCCCCACCGCCCUUGCCUACAGCCGUGGCUCGCUGGAUGGGAUAAUGACUUUUGAAAGAAAGAGAGAUCCUUUGUCUUGAAAAAUGCUGUUACUGAGGUUUGAAGACCUCCUCUUUAUUUCAUGCUUUUUAAUGCUUUGUAAACGUGAACUCUCCAGAAUAGAAGCAGAUUUGAAAAAGCAAACUAACGUACACUUAGAUCUCCCAGUGGGUGAAUUUACUCUGGGAGUAAAUUUUCUCUUUCCCUGGAAUUCCUGCUGACCAGCCCAAGAUGGCUCCAUAUGCCAGCGUAGAAAACCGGAAUCCGCACUCAAGAGCCAACUCUGAGACUGGCACAGUCUAAGAAGACUUUCUGGCCCUCGCUUUUAUUAAUUUGGGACUCCAACUGCCACUAUCCUGACCUCUGAUUUGUAAAUCCAGUAGGAGGGCAGGGUGGGGGCUGAGCUGAGGGUUACCUCGAUGAAAUGUGCCGUGUCUUCAUUCAGGUAUGCAAUAGUGAGUCAUCCGCUUGCAUUCCAACAUCACAGUCCCCAAACAGGAUGUCACCUUAGAGAAAAGCCUCACACGUAGACAAAACUACACUCCAAGUGGAAUGUGUUUAAAUGGUGAGGCAUUAGCAGAAAACACCUCUAGCUCAGCUUCUCUCUCCUUACACACCAGGCUGGGACAGGAGUGCAGGAGAUAAGGCAGAGAGCCCUAGGAGGGGUGGGAGAAGAGCCCUACCUAGCAAGGCAGCCGUCCCACCACUUGAUGGCAGCUGCCCUUCUGAAAAUGUAUUUCACUUUAGCCAGUUGUUGCCUUCUUUUCUCCCUCUCCCUUCAUUGCCGAAGAACAGCUGUGAGGCACCCUUCCACAAUCCCCCUCAUCCGCCACCCACCCCAGGCACUCAAACUGGCCCUUCUCCUGUCUAUAUAAAAACAGAAGCAAUAAACCAACCUGAUUUUAUGUCAGUUAUUUAGAACUUCAAAUGGUUCUUUCCCUUUCAGCUGGAGAGAGGAAGAAGAACCAAUAUAACCUGCUGGCAGAUUUUUGGUGCUCCCCCGAAAAAGGGCUUCACAGGAGCCCUUCUCAAGGGCAAACCCAUCAGGGUAUCAGCACUUUCAAACCUUCUAAGACAACUACCUUGUUUGAGAAACAAGAAAAAUAGGCCUACUUUUCGCCCUGUGCACCUCCUCUCAGGUUCAAGUCUGGCUGAACUCUGUCCAGAAGCUCAGUCAUUGCAGAAAUUUCUCUAAGGGCCAGCAGUACCUCUGAGCAGACCUCACAUCCCAGGCUGGUGCUGGGCUGGGUGGGAGAUGAGCUAAAGUUACCUCCUCCAGUGAGAAACUGGAAGCUGGUGCCCUGCAACAGAUACGUGUUCCUCUCUCCUUUCUUCCCCGAUAGGCCCUACAGACAGUUUGGAAACCUGUCCUAUACCUUCUAAGCCGGUGUCUGUAGCAGGGGUAAGUGUCUGUAGCAGGGCAGGCCAGCUGCUGAGUCCUGCUUCCAGAGGCACUGAGACGAGCGAGCCGCGGGAACAGUCAGUAGGCCUUUGGUCAGUGUCGUUGCAUUCUCAGACCAACAGCCAGUGAGAUGUCACCCCUAAGAGAAGUCGUAGGGUAUGGCAUUCCCUCCCCACCCCCACUCCAGGGAAGCAACGUGAAGAAAUAUAGUGGUGACAGAUGAGAAAGGCCAUGUUCAGGAGAUUUGAAAAGUACAUUCCUGCCUUAUCAGAAAAUGUGGGCGGAUAGAUAGGCUUUCUGUCCAUCUCAGUGCACUGUGGCAUCCUCGCCUUGAUAAAGACCGUGUUCCAGGGAGAAUGCCAGAGAGGGAAGGAUCUGCACUUUGCCUCACCAGCAGGACUCUGAGCCGAGUAAUGAAACAUUUCAACUGCUUUGUGAUUAUUUUACAUUUUUGUCUGUAACAUUUAGAGACUAUAUUUUUAUUUGGGCAUAGGCUAAGAAGCCACUAUCUACAUGUUCACAAGUGAGUUCAACUUAGGGCACCCACGUUGAUUUAUUAAGUGACUGCCCUGUUCCCGAGACUGACAUCUUUCAUUUGUAGGGUCAUCUUCAUGAGCAUGUGAGUUAUGGGGUUGUCAUCAUGAGGCACAAUGACAGCUGUCUGGAGAUAUUUCCUACGCCGAGCUUCCCUAGCCAGUCAAUCCAGGAGGCCUUGGAAGCUGCCUCACUUCUCAGUGGCCCGCCGCUGAAGCCUGGACUUCUCCUCUGGCUAUCACCCAGCUUGUCCGCUGUCAGAACAUGCUCAGAAACUUCCUGUGGGCUGGGGCUAGCCUGGCGCUGAGGAAAUUCCAUUCCGAUGCAAAGAAAACUUAUUAUAUAUAACUCCUGAAAUUGUCCCUCAAAAUGCCCUGAGAUUACCUACCUGGUCGGUCACCCACUUGGGGCUGAAAAGUGAACCCCCUGAGAAUGGCUGGUUGGGAAUCAGAUCCCGUCCCGGGGACAGGAGAGGCGCUGAUAGGUUUAGGAGGUUCUAGAGAGGGCUGCAGAACCAGAUGCUCAAAGGGCUGCUUCAACUGUCAGUCCUCUAAGUGGGGGUGGCUGAUUUUAAAUGUUGAAUUUGAAGUGUUUUCUUUCAGUGUUAAUGGUUGCUUAAGAAGAGAAUAACCUAUAUUUAUUUGCAAAAUGGCCUUCCUAGGCCAGCUUUUUUUCUUCUCCUGAAAUGGGCUAGGUAGAGGGAAUUGGUUUUUAUUUUCUGCUUCACAUGGAAUAUGAAGAGACCUGACCAAGAACCCCAUUAAGACACUAGUAGCCUAAAAUUCAAAACAUUGAUUAUGUCAAAAUUCUGGAUUCUGGGGAAAUAAAAAACGUAAACAUUGUUCCCCUCAGCAGAUAAUUUUUAUCAAGAGCUUAGUAUUAUUGCGCUGGGUAUUUUAGAACUCUUAAAUCCUUGAAGAGUCUAAUGAAAAAGGGGAGAGGAAUGGUAGCAAAUGAAACAGCCUAUAGACAGACAGCCAGGAGCAAGAUUUAAAACCAUUAAGUUACCAAAUGAAAGCGGAAGGGGGGGAAUGUAGCAACUAGCAUCUUUUAGUAGGAUUGUUAAUAGUGUUCAAGUCACCUACUGACUGUCAUCAAAUCAAACACAGUUGCAAAUCCAAUAGAAAGUACUAGGCUGAGAAUUUUGCUUUGAUCAUUAAAAGAAUUAGAGAGUAGAAACUAAGAAUAAAUAGUCCUGAGGUUUUGUGUGGUUUUAACUGGUUGGGUUGUGAAGUCCUGUUGGAUCUCUGUAGAUAUGCAAGGUAAUACCAGUGUUCCAUACUCCUUGAGAGUGAUUUUAGGGACUUCUGUCAUCACAAAAUGGGUUAACUCCUGUUGACGGUGAAGGAAUAGGUCCAAGAUAACACAUGAUAAUCACAUUUGACUAAAGUUGGGUAGGACAGUCAUUUGUCUGCAUAGGCCGUGGGUUCCUGCCUGAAGAGGUGCUGGAGAGCAGAAGAUUCAUUUAUCUGGGAUUGGAAAUGGAAGAGGCUCAGAGAAGGUCCAAUUCCCACCAGGAUUGAUUAGAGCUAGAUUCUACCACACCUGUCCUAUCUGAUGACAAUAUGAAUCUUGGGGUUAAGUGUUGCCAGGAGGAUGAUUUUAGGCACUUCCAGCAGGAAGUUCAGCUCAAAAUGUGGAGUAACAAAGAAAGUCCUCUGUCAACACCUUUUCUAGAGAAGUCAGGACAGAGAAGAGGGAGCGAGCACCUUUCCAGGCAUGAAGAGGAAUGGGAGCCGGUAGAAAGGUACUUGCCUGAGAUCAGUGUCAGUCCAGAUAGGAUAAAAUUGGGGAACAGCAAUGAUUGAUUAGCACACAGUAGGUAACUUAGUAGCCUUGAGGUUCAUGAGCAAUGCAGGGAUCACUUCUCUACGAGGAUGAAGGACGUAACUAAAUAUAAGAAACCCGUGAAGUACACAGCCAUGCGUUUUACUGGAUGAAUCACAAUGCUUUGCAAUAACUUAAUGCCAUAGUACUUCCUGGCUUAUAAUUCUGCAAGGUAAAGCACUUUCUCAAAGGAGUCUAUUAGAAAGCCACGUGAUUUCAGCUGUUUGUUGAGCUUGACGAAUAUGUUUCCAAAGAUAUAAUCAAAAUGUUUUUCUAUUAAUUAAAAAAGUAUAAAUAUUAAACCUAUCCAUAGAGACAUUUAAGUGUAAUUAAAACAGAUUGUUAUGCUUUUAAAAAUGUACUCUAAUAAAUGAUAUAAAAUGUAA